AUGCACAUUAUUAAUGAGCCUACCCCCGUUGCCAUCGCUUAUGGCCUUGACAAGAAGGGCAAUGGCUCCGGCGAAAAGAAUGUGCUCAUCUUUGACUUCGGCGGAGGCACCUUUGAUGUGUCCCUCCUCACCAUUGAGGUGGGCGUCUUUGAGGUCACAGCCACCGCCGGCGACACCCGCGCCACCUUGGAGUUUAAGUGGAAGCACAAGAAGGACAUCAGCGGGAGCCUGCGAGCUCUCCGGCGGUUGCGCACGGCCUACGAGUGCGCAAAGUGCACGCCCUCAUUCACCGUGCAUACCACCAUCAAGAUCGACUCAUAG